AUGUCAUUAUUUGAUGGAUUCUAUCGACGAGCUGUUGUUGUUAUUCCUGAUGAUAAUGAAUAUCAACGACGAAGAUAUAAACAACAAAUUGAUCAAAGCAAAUUCAUUCCUGAUUCAUUUAUUAACCAAAUGAAAGCUAAUUUUGAUUUACCUGAAGUAGCUGAUAUAUUCGACGAUGUUGAAUAUGCUGAAUUAACUUUUCGUUAUGCUCGUGAUCUCGUUAUGUAUUACCGUCAUCAAAGUCACAUAAUUAAAGAAAGAUUAAGAAAACCAAAUAGACGAAAAAAGAAAAAUAAUCUCAGAUCUAUUCGGUUUAGUUAUGAUCGACAUACGAAUAACAUUGAUUUAUCAUCCAAUCAUCAUUUUCGUCCAUUUCUGUCUCAUCCUAAACAAUAUCAUCAUUAUUUGUCAAAAUUUGAUCAUCAUUAUUAUCGUAAUAAAAAUGGUUCAAAGUGA